AUGUUACAACUACAACCGCAGAACUUGCUCGUGGAGGAGGCAAUUGGCCAGGCGUUUGCUCCGGAUUACACACCGGUGUUUCUGGACAGAAUCAUCACCGACUUUGACUUCACCACCUACCACUUGUCGACCCCAGAGUCCAAAACAAAACUUCUCCUGUCUAUCAGCAUCAAGUGCUGGAACGACCUUGUUAACUACGGAGUGAAGGAAUUGCUCCUUUCAAAGUACUCCAAGUGCCCGUUCAUCCAGCAAGCACAACCCGAGUACGGUUAUGACUACAGUCUAUACAUCGAUGUCGAGCAGGCGACAUUUUCUGACGAAGAGGAAAAACAGCAGCUGAUUGCCGAGCUUUCCCUUCUGAAGCGCAACUGUUUCGCUGCGCCAUUCCUUCAGGCGUUCCAGAGAUAUGAGGUGCUCUCAAAAGAGCAGCCGGUGGACCCAAAUAACCUGUAUGGAGAGGACUCUCCCAACAACUCGAACGAACAGGUUCUGCAAUUACACUACAGAGACAUGGAGUCUAUCUACAUCAAACCGUCGAACGAUAGAGUGACUGUGAUUUUCUCGACUGUUUUCCAGGACGACACGGACAAGAUCUUCUCGAAAGUGUUCUUGCAGGAGUUCAGCGAUGCCAGAAAACGCAGCAUCCAGAAGGCUCCGCAGGUGAUCAACUCGCACCAGGAAAUUCCGCUCGAGAUCAAACAUCUGGAGGCCGCCAACACCCACAACAAAACGUACAUCACCUUCGUGCUGUUCCCAAGACACCUGAGCACCGAGGACGUGAAGUGGAACUCCAUCACACACAUCCAGCUGUUCAGGUCAUACUUCCACUACCACAUUAAAAUUGUCAAGUGCUACCUGCACCAGAGAAUGAGAUUCAGGGUGAACAGCUUCACCAAAAUCCUGAACAGGGCUCGCAGAGACGUGGACGACGAGGAGCACAGGAGCGAGAGAAAGACCGCCAGCGGAAGACGGUUUGAAAUGAGAGCGUGA